AUGGCUGAAGAGCUGGCGCGGGCCGUGGAAGCCCACGAAGCUCGUCGCCAGGAUGACUACCAGAAGGCUCUGGCGUACCUGCACGAGUGUUACGACCGUGAGCUGGAGCUAGCGCGCUCACACGCGAAGACUGAAGCGACGGCGGUCCUGCAUGAAGAAGCGAAGAGACUUGAAGACUCCUGGAACGCCAGGAUGGAUCAAGUCACGAAGCAACUCAACUACGAAUGGGAGACGCAGAGGUCUCUGAUCCUCCAGGAGAAGGGCCGGGAGCUCGACGCCAUGGCCAGGAAGCACUCCGACCAUGUUCAAGUCAUCCAGGAUGAGAACCGCUUGGCUUCGAUCUUCUGGUUUCCUUCAAACGUCCUCAUCAGAUCUCCGUAA